AUGGGAAAAUCAUCGAAAGAUAAGCGUGAUGCUUAUUAUCGGCUUGCGAAAGAACAAGGCUGGCGCGCCCGCAGCGCCUACAAACUUCUCCAGCUCGACGAAGAAUUCAACCUCUUCGAAGAUGUAACUCGCGUCGUCGACCUAUGCGCAGCACCAGGCAGCUGGAGUCAGGUGCUAUCCCGGAUUCUGAUCAAGGGCGAGAAGUUUGGGCGUGUGGAAUGGGAAGACAGGCAAGCCGCAAAUCGCGCAUACAUAUCCGGCGAGACAGAAGCGCCACAUGUAGAGGAGGAUGUCAAGCAUAAAUUGCAGCCACGCCAGGGCGUGAAGAUUGUUUCUAUUGAUUUGCAACCUAUGAGCCCACUCGAGGGGAUCACGAUGUUACGCGCUGAUAUCACGCAUCCGUCUACAGUUCCACUUCUUCUCAAAGCGCUCGACCCAGACACAUUCGACGCUGCCUCGACAUCCGCGUCGCAGCUUGUAGACUUGGUGCUUUCGGAUGGUGCGCCCGACGUGACUGGGCUGCAUGAUCUGGAUAUCUACGUACAGAGUCAACUUCUAUGGGCAGCGCUCAAUCUUGCGCUGUGUGUGCUGAAGCCGGGUGGGAAGUUCGUGGCGAAGAUCUUCCGAGGCAGAGAUGUUGAUGUGCUGUAUGCACAGCUCAAGACUAUGUUCGAGAAAGUCUGGGUCGCGAAGCCCCGGAGUAGUCGAGCGAGCAGUUUGGAGGCGUUUGUGGUGUGUAUUGGGUUUCGUCCGCCGAAAGGCUUCAAGGCAAGCUUGGAAGAGCCACUCGGGGCACGAUCAAACGUGACGCCAGAGACGCUUAUCUCUGCAGUGGAGACUGUGACGUCGUCCCGAAAGACAAGGAGUGAUGGUGUCACGGAGUUGGAUCUUGGCUUGGACACAGAUGUCAGUUGGGUGGCGCCGUUCCUUGCUUGUGGCGACCUUUCUGCGUUUGAUGCCGAUGCUUCAUAUCAUCUACCCAGAGACCGGACGACUCUCGACCCUGUACAGCCACCCACAGCACCACCAUACAAACGUGCACUAGAGAUGCGCAAAGCUGCUGGCGGUGCGUACGGCAAGACGAAAGGACAGACUCCUUGA